GCUUCAUUCAUUUUAAAUGGCAUUUUCUGUAUUUUAAAUAUUUCCGAUAGUAUUUCUUUCCAAUAUUUUUUUUGAGUAGAAAAGUAAUUACCAACUAUUCUAAGCUAUGAUUAUGGCAACACUGUGAUUGAUGCAGGCUGUAGACAUUUCAACUCUUUUCGGAUACUCUGGCUUCGCUACUUUUAGCAAAAUAAAAAAGAAAAGGAAAAUUGUUUCCUUUUUUUAAUAAAGCUAUGGCGGGUGUUGCAGAGGGGGUAACUAUUAAAAAAGAAAUUGUAGAUCCGACAGAUUCUCCAGAACAGAAUGAUGCUUCAGAAUCUGGACAGGGGCAGUCUGAUAAUCAAAAUACCAAACUUACGAAAGUUUGGACUGAUGUUGAAACUAGAUCCUUGAUUGAGUUAGCGAAGGCUUAUAUUCCCAAAUUUAAGGAUAGUAAUUACUCUAAGAAACAGCUUCUAGAAGACAUUUCAGCCGAGUUGAAAGUAAUGGGUUAUGAUACUACCCCUGAAAAUGUUCGAAAUAAGAUGAAGUAUUUACGCACAAGAUAUAAAAAUGUUCUUGAUUACAAUGCAAAGCAUGUUGAAAAAAGGACCAUGCCAUUUGCAGAUGAACUUGUUGAACUGUAUAGUUUGGAUUAUUUUGAGAAUGGCGAAUAUUGUGAUCGUAAUGGGAAUGGCUCAAAUGAUAUAUCAUACCGUGCCAGUGGCAGUAAAAGAAGAUCAUCAACAAUACCUGCUUCUCAUGUAGAUUUAAGAAGUGUUGUUACUUCUAAAAAGAAGACUACAAAUCAGAUCAUUCACAAAGGUACAAAAUUUGCUAUCAAGAAAAAAGCAAAUACAAAAGGUCGUGCCCAGCCUUUAUAUCAAUGUGGGCUUUGUAUGGAAAAGUUUAAGACAUCUCAUAACAUGCAUGAUCAUGUUUGUAAGGCAGCAGCAAAAGCUAAUAAUGAAACAUCUAAAAGAAAAGCUAGUACUACACCUUCAAACUCAUCAAAUGUUUUUCAUUGGAACAGUCUCAUCACUAUGCAAUUUUUAGAACUACUAAAGGAUUUUCAAGAAAGCCACAAAAAUUCAAAUUUUCGCAAAGGAAAUAUCUGGAGCAACCUGUCCACUAUGAUGAAAAGACGUGGUUAUAGCAUUCUUCCAAAAGAACUUGAAAAAAAGUGGAUCACUCUUUCUUCUGCUUUUGAAAAGACUAUGAAAUACAACAAAACUCACAAAGAUAAAAAGAAAUGUGCCUUCUUCAAGCGCCUAACAGAUUUAUACAAGCAUCCUGCAUCAUUUUCAUGUUUUAAAUCUAGUGUACCAGUAAAAAUGACUGUAGAAGUAUCACCAUUUUCAUUUGCUUCUCGUGAGCCUACCAAUGCCACAUCUAGGCCAUCGACUACAAAUUCUGCUGCUCAGCGAAAAAACAGUGAAGAUCAGAAGCCAAACCAUAACAGUAUUCCAGAGCUUAUGAGGUGGUUAGAAAAUACUUGGUCUGAAUAUAAGUUGUUAGAAAAAAAGAAAGAGUUACUCCAAGCUCAACGACAUAAUGAGCUCAUGGAAAUGCUCUCUUUUUUGGUAGAUAACAGUUCAAAUAAUAGUAUGCGCUAAAUCAAGGUUCACUGGGUUUUUAUGACAUGUGGCAUUAUAUAUCUGUCCACUUAUUUAUAUCAGUUGUAUUAUUUCUGUACAUGGUGUAUCAGUGAAAUUAUGUGCUUUUCUUAAAACUGUAAUCUUGUGCUGUAUUUUUUAAAACUUUCAUUUAAUAAUUUUUCUUGAGUAACAUAAGUAUAAUUUUUGAUCUAAUAGAUUCAAAUGUGAAUUUUUUUAGAAAGUCUAGAAUUAUGUUCAAGUUUUACUGAUUGCUGCAUUUGAUUAUGUUUUGUUACAAUUGUAAAAAUAUUUAAAUAAAUACUAUAACGGAUCUAUUUGUAUAGCAAGUAAAAAUUUAAAGUAGUUAAAUUGUGGGAUAAAAACUUUUAUGUUCUAAAUAAUUGAAUACUUUGAGAGAUUUGCUGUAUUUCAUUUAAGCCAUUAAAGAUAAUGGAGUUUUAUACAAUCUUUUGGAAGUAUUUGGACUCAUUGGUUUGCUAUCUCCGGUUUCUAGUUCAAAUUGCAUGAUUAGUAAAUUUUUUAAUCUAAUUUGUGUUUUUUUUUGGGGGGGGAGGGUUUAAUUUCUGUCUUAAUAUUAGUUUUUAUGUAUAUAAUUAUGACAGUAUUAUUGACAUUAAAACAAUGAUUUUUUUAAAAAAUCAACUUUAAAUAAAUAAUUGGUGCCAUUGAAUUUUUUUUGUCAGCUUGCUCCUCUGCUAGUUCUGUCUAAGUAUGAUGUACUAUGCAUCUUGUUUAUAUGUGCAUAUGGGAGAAAUAAUAAAAAAAUGAAAGUAACAAAAUAGAAUUUAAGCUUAUUUGUUAUUCUGUGCCCUUGGAAAUUACACUUAUCCUUUCCUUUAGAGUUGAAAGUUAUUUUACCAAUUAGUAUUUCCUGUAAAAACUUUGAAUGUUAGUGAAAUUGCUGAGUACAUUCUACAAUUAGAAUAUAAUAAUUUUUUUUGGAAAUUGGAUUAUUAAAUUCAGUAUUAAUGGAUAAUAAAUCUUGUAAUAUUGAAGCUCCAAAGUUGUUUUUUCCCCCUAUUUCACUCUCUAUAUAAAAGGCUAAUUAUAUGGCACAGAGAUCACUCUUAUUAUUUAUUUAUUGUCAAAUAUCCUAUCAGUCAGAGAAAAAAAUAUUUAAAUGUCAAGAUGAUAGAAAUAAAUUUCAAACAAUUUUAUUGAACCCAAAAAUAGGCUUUACCAUUGCCAGAUGGAUAAUCCCUAUAACUUGCCUGUAAAAACCUGUUUCAUAUUUUUCAAAACUAUUAUCACUCAAAAAGGAUUUUUGCAUUAAAAUUUGAAAUUUACCUUUUUAAUGAUAUCAAUUUCCUUUCCCUACAUUUUUUUUUUUUUUUUUCAUUUUUAACACUUUUUAAAAAUUUACUUUAGUUUCAGUCUGAAACAAUAUUAUAGUGAAAUUCAACCUUAUCAAAAUACUCAGCCAAAUCUUUCCAGUGUUAAAAGUAAGUUUAAAAAAUUAUCUUCGAGCAUUAUCUCCCAAUUAUUAUUUUUGUUUUUUUAAGUAGCAUAUACAUUUUUUAAAUUUGUACCCCAAUUAUUUGUAGAAAAUGAAUUCAACUAAAUGCAUCUGUCAGUCAUAAAACAACAAGUUAAAAUGUUUUCAAGAAUGACUAUAUUAAUAAUUCCAUUGUCUUGAAAAUCAUUAAUUUGGGUGAACAGCUGACCAUCAAAGGUGGCUAUUUUGUAAUAAAUCCAUUCUCUUUAUUGGCUAAUUUAAUAUUGUUAUUGAAAAAAGAAUGUUUUUAUAGCAUUUGUUAUCAUUUAUAAAAAAUGUAAUGUCUUAAUUUAUCUUCUUUAUGUACAAUAUUUUCCAAAUGUUUUCUCAGCAUUGUGCCAUUCUUCCUUUUUAAGAUCUGAUUUUUUACAUUUGUUCAAGAUAUUAGAAUGGUUUCUAUAGUUUGUGUGAAUUCUUUGUCUUCUGGGAGUAAUUUUUUACUUUGUUAAAAUAUUCAUGUGUGUUACUGUGUGUAUAUAUAUAUACAUGUAAGUGAAAACAAGAUUUAUUACAACUUGUGAAAGAAUUUCAAUAACUGCUUUGAAAUAUAUAAAACCAUUGUGCAAAUUUGUUUGUAGCAAACAUAAUUUGUAAAAUCAAAUGCAUGGUGUAUUUCAGUCGGUUGAGGAGCCUUAACUUGUUAAAAUUAUAACAUUAAAAAUUAAAAUGCAUUUAAUAAUAGAUUGUAGUAUAGCUAUUUUUCUGACAGAAAAACAAAGUUUUAAAAUUUUCUGAUAUUUAGAUAAUUUUUCCCCUAGUUUAUCUGCCAGUGAUAUGCAAAUAUAAAACAGGUUUUAUUUAAUUGAAGAAUAAUUAAUUUUUAUUUUCUUACUGUUUAAAGUUUUUUUUUAUUGUGAUCCCUUCCCCCCCACUCCCUCUCAUUUUUAUACAAAGAAUAAAUAUGCUGUCAAAAGAGUUUUAAUGAGUGCAUAUUAUUCCAUUCAAUUUAUUUAAAAAAUCAGUACAAAAUUUAUUUGUUAGAAAAUCUAGUUUAUCACCUAAAUAGGUUUCUUUUUUAGUACAGUGGAAUCUUGCUAAUAAUCAUAAUUUCCCCUAAUUUAACACAUGAUGACAAUUUUUUUUCCAUCGAAAAACUUGUAAAAUAGGAUAAUGUGUUCCAUUUCAGGGGAAAAAAAAGUUUAUAAUAAUACUAUUUUAUUAUUUAUAGUUCUUUUUUAUGUUUUCUUUAAACAUUUUGGCCUAUGCUUCAAAAUUAGCAAAAAUAAGAUUAGCAAAUACAGUAUUAUCAUUAAAUUCAGCAUCUUCUUUAUUAUACUGGAAGUUUGUUGCUUUGCCAGGGCUGUUAUACUUUCUUUUCGUGAUAGUCUCCUGCAUAACAUCUAGCUGUGACACUGAUGUAGCUGUAUAGGCCUUUUGGUAGUCGGAUUCUGGCUAUACCAUUCUACUAGCUCAUCAAUAUCAUUGCUAGCCAGGAACACAAUUUGGUUGAUUAUAGACUCCAUAAACGCUUGCUCAAACCUCCCCAACAACUCUAGCUAAAUCUUCUUCCAUGUAGACAUGAGGGUUCUUUUGAUGAUCUCCAUCCAUGCCUUGUUGAUCAUUUGGUGGUUGACAACUCUAUCCAACCAUUCUUCCAUACUAAAAUAUAGAUUCUCUAAGUUACCCCCUUCCAUUCCUUGUUGACCGUCUUUCAAGUAAAAAAUUAUAUGAACUAUAAAUCUCCUUAAUCUUAUUCUUGUUUUGGGGAAUCGAGUUGAUCAUUGUUGUAGGUCAACAAUGAUUGACCUCAAUGGGGAUUUUUUUUUAUCGCUGCUUUUUUAUGGUGUUUCCUUUGUCAAAAAAUGCUGAGCCAUGCUUGUGUUAUACACUAACAACAUUAAACAAUAAAAUACUAGCUGAAUGAGUACUUUUAGUGCAAUGUAUUAAUAUCUCACUGGCCAGAAUCUUACUUUUUUUGUUUGUUUAAGUCACAGUGAUAAAAUUUUCAGUGUUUCAUACAUUAUUGAAUUACAUCUCCCCGCAAAUUUCAAUUUAGGACCAUGAUGCUUAUUAAAAUAUUUCACAUUUUUCAGUUAUUAUAAAUUUUACUGCCAUCUGCUAAUUUGAAAGGCUAACAUCAACGAACAAGCAUAAACAAUAGAUUGAUAACUGAUAUACAAAUAGUAUCCUGCUUGUAAUGUCAUGAUGUCUCUUUUUCACUUGGAAGGGUCUCAUAAAGCAAGAUUUGACUGUAUAGUCAGUAUAUAUUUGACUGUAUAAAUAAGGCUAAUAAAUUCUCAUUUUAUUACUAGCAGUUUACUGAAUAUCUUGAAUUUGAAACAAUCUGCAAUGAAUUUUUUUGCUGAGAAUUAUAUGUGCUUUAUGUUUUGCCAUCAUUGCCUUAUUUAAAAUUUUACUAAGAUAUUGAAAUUGUUGAAUAAACUAAUCAAAGUUAAUUAUUAAAAUUUUAUUAAACUUAAUCAAAUAUUAAUUAAUUUGAUCUUUUAGAAAUUAAAAGCAUAAUGUUUAAUGAUUAUUGUUUCUAAUGUUUCAGAAAGGUUUUUUCCCCCCUUUGCAAAUUAUGGUAGUUCAUGUAUUUUUAUUCUCUUAUUUAACAACUUUUAUCUUAGUUAAUUGAGCAUGUUUGCUUCCUUCUUUCUAAAUGAUUAACAUUUAUUAAUUAAAAAACAUUUCAAGUUUUCAAUUUGCGAGUUUUAUUUCAAUCUGUUGUGUAAAUAUUUCAGCUUUAAUUUGUUGCUAAGGGUACAAAUCGUUGCUGGCAAUCAAUCCUUUGUUUAAUGUUCUUUUGAAUAUGUGAAAGUGUUGAACAUGUUGUGUGCAUGCAUGUGCAUCUGCUUCAUAAGUAGUUAUGCUUUCUUCAAAGCUUUUUCUUCUUUUUUUCCAAAAAAAGAAAUAAGGAGAGGAGAAAAUAUAUAUCGCUACUUUUUGUCAUUUUGUGUAUUAUAAAUUUUGCACAUAGUACUAAUUUGUAUAAUAGCAAUAAUGGGUAAAGUUUAUUUCCUAUAUUUGUUAUUUCAAAUUUCUUAUCUUUAUUGACAGAAUGAGACUUUCUUAAUGUCUGCCAUUUUGAAUAUUGUUUAGUACUACUGAGAAAGUUUAGUGUUAAAGUAUUUCUUUAUUUAUUCAUUCAUUGUUGACUUUUAAAAAAAGGUAUUAAUUCAUUUUCGUAUAUUUCAUUUUUCUUUGUACAUUUGCUUUCCAUUUUUCAUGUUUUCUUUUGAAGUUGUUAAGCAUGAAGUGGUGCAUUUUUUCCUUUUUGUUUUCUUAUUGUUUCAAACUUAAAAUUUUAAGUUUCUUAUGAGGUGCCAACACUUAUACAACUUUUAUAAAGCAAUACAUUCUCCAUUGUAAAGAAUGGAUAACUUUUUUUACCCUAUUAUAAUGGAGGAAAUCUUGUGUUACUUAUCGUUAGCAAUUAUUUAUAUAUUUUUUUUAUGCUUGACUUGUCAUGUUUAUUAAGUAUGGUAAAUUCUUUUCAGUUUUAUUAAUUAAUUUGUCUUUGGAAUUUCAAUUGCAAUGAAAUUAAUGUAGGACAGAUAUUUAAAAAUAUUGACUAAAUUAAAAUGAUUUCUUAAAAUUCGAUUCUUAUGCCUUUUUUAUAUUGUUUUGUUUUAUUGACUUUAAUAAAAUCAUUUUAUUUGUGUUAAUGACUCUGGGCGUUUAUAAAUUUGCAAGCAAAAAAUUAUAGAAUCUUUUUUUU